AUGCGUCUGACAAAAGAGGCUCUGGCCCAAACACUCUUCAUCCUUUCAUUGAGCAUUCCAGCUGCCAAUUCCGAAUCCUUCAAGAACAUCUCUUUCCAUUUCCCAUCUUUUCAAAUGAACGAUCAGAGAAUAAAUUUUCAGGGAAAUGCCUCCAUUGUGAACUCUCAUAUCCAACUCACUCAAGGUGAGCCAUUGAAGAAUCCCACGGACGCAGUUGGCCGAGUAACAUAUUAUCAGCCCAUGAAACUGUGGGAUAUUUCAACGGGGAAUGUGGCAGAUUUUGUCAGCCGGUUUACUUUCGCUAUUGACUCCCAUAAGAACCACUCCCGUGCUGAAGGAAUGGUUUUCUUUCUCGCUCCCAAUGGAUCGCAGAUCCCUGAGCACUCAGGACACUUUCUAGGCCUCACCAAUUCAAAUGCAAACACUACCAACACUAGUGCAUUUGUUGCGGUAGAGUUUGAUACUUUCCAUAAAGAUUUGACAAAUGUGUGGGAUCCGCCAUGUGAUCAUAUUGGCAUUGAUGUGAAAAACCUCACUUCUGUCAAUGCAACUUGUGUCUCAUGGAUGGAUUACAGCAUAUUCCAUGGUAAAAAAUUCCAUGCUACGAUCACGUAUAAUGCUAGAGCAAUGAGCUUGAGUGUUCUUUUUGGAGAUAAUGCCGAUAAUUCUACCAGCCUUUGCUAUCAGCCACUCAACCUGACAGAGUACUUGCAGAGAUUUGGCUGGUACGGUUACAAGCUAAAGAGAAAUAGAAAUGGUCAAAGUGGAGAAGAAGAAGAUUUUCGUGGGAUCGGUGAAGGACUUGGACAGUCGAAGGGACCCAAGAAGUACUCCUACAAGGUCUUGGCCGGGGCAACUACCAACUUUUCCAAUUCCCGGUUGCUCGGGGAAGGGGGUUUUGGAGGAGUGUAUGAAGGCCACCUCGAUGAUAUAAAUUCUCAUGUCGCUAUCAAGAAGAUCACUCCAGAGUCCAACCAAGGUGUAAAGGAGUAUGCCACUGAAGUGAAGACCAUUAGACAUCUCAGGCAUAAGAAUUUAGUGGAGCUCGUCGGCUGGUGUCACGAGAGAAGCAAGUUUCUCCUCGUGUAUGAGUACAUGUCUAAUGGAAGCUUGGACUCUCACUUAUUCAAAGACAAAGUACUGUUGACAUGGGAAAGGAGGUACAAUAUUGCUAAAGGCAUCGCCUUAGGGCUGAAAUACUUGCACGAGGAUUUGAAACACUGCAUUGUGCAUAGGGAUAUAAAGUCUAGCAAUGUCCUACUCGACACACAUUUUGAGGCUAAAUUGGGAGAUUUUGGCCUAGCUCGGAUAGUCGACCAUGCCAAAGGGUCGCAAACCACCGUAUUGGCUGGGACACUAGAAUAUUUGCCACUAAAGGUUUCGUCUCAAACUAACGACGAGAUUUUUGUCAUUGCAGAUCACCUUCAGGGUUGA